ACCAUUUGACAGUGAGUGAGAGGUUUAGGGCUUUUGAUAAACCACUUCUUUGACUAUAUUCUCAGUAUUCAUUCUGAGGUUUAACAGAAAUAAAAAUUAGAGUAAGAUCUUGUUUUCUGAGGCUGGGGCGUAUUGAGAACGUGUGCACAUCUACUGCAAUGGCAUCACUGACAUCUUCCAGCCGCAGAUCCUCCUCAUCCUACCGCUCAUCGUCACGUUACAGCACCUCCAGCUCCCGUCGAUCAGAGGGCUCACUGGGUGGGUCGUCUGAUUCUUUGGAUCCCCUUUUUGAGCCGUUUCUUGACUCUGCUGAUCAUUCAAGUCUGUUUGUAGAAGAGAGCCCUGGAGGACCCAGUUGUUCGGUCCCCUUCAGCAGACACAGCAGAUCAUCCUAUGGACACACUGCUCCUGUAGGCGGCACUUUGACAGGCCAUCAAAGCAGCACAGGUGGCGGGGUGCGAUGUCUGGGAGACAGCUACUACAUGUCAGCUGACGUCAGCCAGUUUGAGCCGCAUGACGUAGUGGUGAUGGCCUACAACCACCAUGUUGUCAUUCAUGCCCAGAAGGUACAAGAUGAUGGAAGUAUCAGUGACACGUUCACCCAUAAGUCCCUGUUUCCGGAGGAUAUGGACCCAUUGUCGGUCAGUGGGACCCUUAACCCUGAUGGUACCCUGGUGGUGAGUGUCCGCCGGACCACGACCCUGGGUGGGCUGGAGCCCCUAGGUGUCCCAACCUUCCGCAGUGAAGCACACCUUUGACUUGGCUUCAUCUUCUCACAGUAUCUUAGCUAUUUUUUUAAAUAUUAUUUUAUGACAGUGUUGUUGGGUACACUCACCUAUCAAACCAAUAAAGGCAUUAUAGUUGAAAUGUCUGUAAGUUUUUUUUCUGUUCAGCACACUUUGGUCCACUGGAAAAUAUUGCAGUAACUUCUGGGAAGAUUGCCAUGAUAUUUAAAAGUAACAUCAAUGACUUGAAAAAUUAUUAUU